AUGGCCGGAGCUCAUUUAGCAUUGCUUCAAUUUCUCUGUGUACUUAUCACUCAAUUAUCACAUGGAGCCAGCAGCCGACCAGAAUUUCGGGAUUAUUAUUGCAGCAACAGCAGCAACACAUCAAAGAGCACCUACCGGAACAACCUCAAUACCCUUUUAUCAAAUCUCGCUUCCGACAAACAAAUAGAUUAUGGCUUCUACAAUCUCUCUUAUGGUAGUUACCCAAAUACAAUAUAUGCUGUUGGGUUAUGCAGGGGAGAUGUUAUGCCAGACUUUUGCCCCAGCUGCCUCAAAAAUUCAUCAGUCCUGCUGCCACAACUAUGUCCAAAUCAGAAGCAAGCUUUUGGGAUGUACGAUGAGUGCAUGUUAUCUUACUCAAACACUUCCAUAUUAGGCAAUCGGGUGGAUCCUAUUGUUACAAUUCCACGUUGCUAUAAUCACAGGCCGGGUGGUAGGGUUAUUAGACCCAUUUGUAACUUUAGAUAUGAAAGUAGCCGCUUCUAUGCAAUUACAGCUGAUGUACCCUUAUCGGCUCCGUCGCCGCUACCGUCUCCCCCUCCCCCUCCUCUGCUUACACCUCCAUCACUUCCAUCGACCAACACAACAUCUUCAUCACCUCCUCCAUAUGCAGAUACAAUAUCCUCAGAAGGAAAGAAAUCACAAACUAUCAUUGCCAUUAUUGUGUCAAUUUCUGCAUUUGUUGUGCUGCUUAUCUGUGUUUGGAUUUGUGUAAGAGUGAGAAACCAAGGAAGAAAAUUACCAAGUGAGAUUGACGCUGAUGAUUCAAUUGACGUCACUGAGUCAAUACAGUUCGAAUUUGACACCAUCAAAGUUGCUACAAAUAACUUCUCCGGUCAAAACAAGCUUGGACAAGGAGGAUUUGGACCAGUUUACAAGAGCAAGCUCUCCAGCGGAAAAGAGGUUGCCGUGAAAAGGUUGUCUAUGGAUUCUGGGCAAGGGGACAUUGAAUUUAAGAAUGAAGUACAAGUAAUGGUCAAGCUUCAACACCGAAAUUUGGUUAGACUCCUCGGUUUUUGUUUGAAAGAAAAGGAACGCCUUCUAGUAUAUGAGCUUCUUCCUAAUAGAAGUCUUGAUUACUUUAGACAUUCUAUUUCUACAUGAAAAUGAAAUUCAUUACCCUUUGUUGCAAGAAUAAAUGAGCAAAUACCCUGACUCUGCUUUAUAUGAUUAUAUCUUGGAUUCGGAUAUAGAUUUGAUUAGAUGUGCACAAUUGAGAUGGGAAACAUGCUAUAAAAUUAUAGCAGGAAUUGCCUGAGGCCUUCUUUACCUUCAUGAAGAAUGUCAACAAUGAAUUAUUUAUCGUGACCUUAAAACAAGUAAUAUUCUCUUAACUACAGAGAUGAAUCCUAAGAUAUUAGAUUUUGGCAUGACAAGACUAGUUAUUAUUAAUCAAACCCAAGCCAAUACAAAUAGAGUUGUGGGGACCUAGUAAGUAUCAAAACAUGUCAUAUUUAAUUAGUUUCUAAUUCUCCUAGACCAAGCAAAAGAAAAACUUGAAUAUGAUAGUCAAGAGAAAUGUUACAUAUUGUAUUUGAUUACUUUGACAUGUUGUGGGUAUAUG